CCUCCUUCUCCUCCUCCCCUCGCAACAUGGACCCUCACCCCAGCUCCUCUCUUCUGUUCCGCUGUUAGCGUCCCUCAGUCCCGGGUGGUUCACGGUGUCCAUCUGAGUCCCGUGGCUCCUCCAUACGACAUGUUCACCACCACCGGCUCCCGGGGCCUGUAUAUGGCUCCGCUGUCUAAAGGCCUCCUGCUGGUUCUCAAUGGGCUGACAGUGAUGCUCACCCUGCUGCCUCAGUUCCAGGAACUGUUUGCAUACAACAUACAGGCUGUCGUGGAGCAGCACCAGGUGUGGAGGUUGUUGUGUGGCCGGCUCGUCUGUGUGGACCUGAAGGAUUCCUUUUGUACCAGCCUGCUCAUUUACAACUUCAGAAUCUUUGAGAGGAGGUUUGGCACCAGGAAGUUUGCUUCCUUCCUGUUUGGCACGUGGUGUUUGUCUGCGCUGACGGACUUCUUGCUGGUGCAGGCUUUCCAGUUUCUAGUUGACUAUGAAGUUGAAGAACUGUCCACAGGACUGCUUGCUCCAGUCUUCGCUCUGUUUGUGCCUUUCUACCUGUCGAUCCCAAAGUUGCCAGUCACUCAGGUCCUGGGCCAAAUUCAAAUCACCAACAAGACUCUGAUCUACAUAGUGGGCUUGCAGCUGUUGACCUCGAGCCCAUUCAUGUGGCUUCUUGCUCUCAGCGGACUGAUCUCAGGCGGGCUGUACUACUCCAAUGUUCUCCAUUUACAAAAGAUCCUCUGCGUACCUGCUUGGAUGUCUCGUAUUGGACGGUAUAUUCUGGAGCCAGUCUUCUCAACCUCCCAGCCAAUCAGCGAGACGCCUCCUGGGAUGGGGGCCACUCUGGACAUCCAGAGGCAGCAGAGGAUGGACAUGCUCGACCAGCAGCUGCUGCUGGCCCAGUACAAUGAGGCCAGGAGGAGCGUCACACAACAGCCACAGGGUGGGUUGUUGCAGUGGACCGGGUUGUUUCCCUCCUUGAGACAAAGAGGACCUAACAGACCCCCAAUGCAGCCCCAGCCUCAGGCCCAGACUCAGCCGUCAACCCAGCCGCCGCUGCUGGACAACGUGCCUGUCGCAGAGGACCAGGUUGCACUCUUAGUGGAAAUGGGCUUUUCCAGGACCGAUGCCCUGGAGGCCCUCCGAGCUUCAAACAACGACAUCAACAUGGCAACCAACUUCCUCCUGCAGCACUGAGAGCGAGAACCAGCUCAAUGAGAAAAACAGAGGUGAAGGAGGACAGACUGAGAGAGCAGGGAGAGAAUCAACCAAAGCAGAGGAGGACAAAACAGAGCACAGAGAAAAAAUGUCGGACAGAAUGAAAGAGGGUGA